UCACAUCAUAUUUACUAUGAAGACCUCGGGUGUCAGGGAGCCGUGUGUGUCUUGCCGGGGCAGACAGGGACAGAGACAGUGAGAGGGAUGGAGCAGGAUGCUGCCCGGUGGAGGUGCUGAGGCGGUACAACAUACUUUCUCCCUCCUUGAGCGCAGCAACGAGCUCUGAUCCAUAAAGCGGACAGCAGAGAGAUCUUCUCAGACAAGAUCACAGAAAUGUAACAAUCGCGAGUCGAGCUGGAGAAAAAGAGGGGAUUUUAAGGAAACCGAAGCCAUCAAAGUCUACACUAUUAAGGAGGAUUUGAGGAGUCUGCGUUUAUAAUCCGACAUCAGAGGCGGAAUGUGAAUCCACAUAACUUGUGUUAAUUAGAGAUUUUAACGAAUAUGAUGCGAUUUGAAAGACUCUGAAGCACCGAGAGAAGAAUUUGAGAUUGGCCACUUGAGUUAAAAUAUCUGUGGUGUUUUUUUUGGGGUUUUUUUGGAGGGGGGGGGGGGGGGGGCUGCUUGUGUUCACCGUUGACUUGCCCCCAGAACUGAUUCGCAGCCUCUACGGUAAUUUGCGUCUAAAAAAAGGAGUUGGCUAUCAGAGGUUGAAUCGGACUACUGUGCGUUUAUGCUCAUCAUACACACCGGAGUUGCUGUUAUUUCGGACCGUGGGGAUGAUUUCAGUGCGUCCGUUCCGCGAUGAUUGUCGCCUAAUUUCCCAGGUCCGACUGCGGUCUGCCAGACUUUGUGGAAACGGAGAUUAUUGUCUGUUAUCAAUGUUUAUCAAAUCCACGGCAGUCUGCGGUGCAACUCAAUACAGUGGAUCGCAAGCAAAUCGUGAGGAGUGACAGCUGACAUUUACACGACGAGCCACCAAAGCCCCUGAUCAACUUCAAAACUGAAGCGCACAAGUUUUAAGUCUGGAAUAUAAGAAUAGAUGAUUAUCAGAGGACAGAAGACGAAAUACACCUAAGCCUACAAAAUGUUCAAAAGGGGCAGUGGGCUGGAGUUCCUGCUGGUUCUCUGUGGGCUCGAGUUUUCCUGGUCCUGCCCCCGUCACUGUAUCUGCUACACUGCACCCAGCACCGUCUCCUGUCAAGCCCAUAACUUCCUGUCGGUCCCCGAAGGCAUCCCUCCCGACAGUGAGCGCAUCUUCUUACAGAACAAUAAGAUCCAUCGCUUACUCCGGGGACACUUCAGCUCCAAUACGGUCACUCUCUGGAUCUACGCCAAUAACAUCACUUACAUUGAGCCGUCCACCUUCCACGGCUUCACGCUGCUCGAGGAGUUGGACCUCGGAGACAACCGCCACCUGCGCUCCUUGGCGGAAGACACCUUUCACGGGCUGAAUCGGCUCAAUGCGCUUCACCUGUACCGUUGUGGGCUCAGUUCACUCCCUAAUAACAUCUUCCAAGGCCUCAGAAACCUGCAGUAUCUCUACUUGCAGGAAAAUCAUCUGAAGUUCCUGCAGGAUGACACGUUUAUGGACCUCCACAACCUGAGCCACCUGUUCCUGCAUGGCAAUCGUCUGUGGAGCCUUAACCAGAACACCUUCAGAGGCCUUCGAGCCUUGGACCGACUGCUUCUGCACCAAAACCAGAUCGAGUGGGUUGAUCGCCUGGCCUUCCACGACCUGAAACGUCUCGACACCCUCUACCUGUUCAACAACACCCUGAUACAGCUCUCCGGAGAGUGCCUGGACACACUGCCCGCAUUGGAAUACCUGCGCCUCAACGACAACCCCUGGUCAUGUGACUGCAAGGCCCUGUCGCUGUGGGAAUGGUUGAAGCGUUUUCGAGGCUCCACGUCUUCAGUGGGUUGCCAUGCGCCGGCUGAUAUGAUUGGAAAAGACCUGAAGGAGCUGCGUAAGGAGGACUUCCCCAACUGUUCACCCACCGUACCUAAUUCUGAGUCCAGAGCCCAGACAAACAAUUUAUCUGGCACGGUGAAUCCGUCCAUUAACCGUGGUGUGGUGGUGGGUUCUGGAGGGCAGACCCACAUUGUGCACCCCUCAAGGCCUGGCCGCUCUCGGAACUGCACAAAGCCUCGGAACAGGGGCAAGGGGAAGGGUGACAAUGAGGUUCACCAGUCAAAGGAGGUCAUGGCAGACAAGGAGGAUUCCUCCCCGGAUUUCACAGACGGGGGCAAACAUGACCACACAUCCCCAGACGGCACCGUCACACGGAGGAAGCACAAGUGUACUCCCCGGACCACUGUUCGCCCCCCUAGUGGGGUUCAGCAAGCCAACAACAGGGCAACCUUAGCCCAGUCAUUACUACAUGUCUCUGCCCUCUUUGCGGCCUUGAUAACGACAAAUAUUGACUUCAUUCUCCGUUGACCCUCAGAGGGUUUGGAAAAUGAAAAGAAAAAAAAAACAGCCCUCAGACCCUCUCCUGCUCCUGCACUACAAGGCCUGUGUGUCUUUUAUGUAUGUGUGUGUGAGUGUGAUUAUACGUGUAAAUGUAGUGUAGGGAGCUUUACUGUUCAGACUGAAACAGGCAUCAAAAGCAUCAAACAUCUACAACAGAAAGACUCACAGUACAAAAAUCAAAGGGACUGAGAGACAGAGAAUGACAAAAGAUUAAUGCACACCAAGCUUGCACUGCCACUUGUGCCAGUAUGAUUUCAUCUGCAUAUGUCUUGGUACCUGAUGUAUUUUUUAACAUCUGUUUUUCCCUCAACUGGAGCUCAGAAAAUAGAGAAAAGAAGGAAGAGAUGACGGAGCAAAUGAGGUAAACUUGUUUGCUCUAAGACAGAUAAGCUAUAGGUGUUCAAGUGCUCCAUCCAGCUUUAACUUUCAGUUCACAGUUUGUAAAUUGUUAUCAAGUACUUAUGAUAAGUCAAUGACCCUGUUAGGCCUCCGGCGCCAGUCCGUUUUGCGCUCAUCCUUUCUGCCAAAUGUAUUUUAUCCAGACAAUUGGGUGUAAGUGUUUCUCAUAAACAAAGAGGUAAAGUGUAAGCAUGGCAAUAAAUAGUCGUUCAGUGUCAGACAAUGGGAAUGUGCCAUUAACACAGCAAAAUGGAAAUCUAUAGCCACAGAUGUUUUAAGGCUAUAAAUAGAGCAACCAUUAGCUCAUACGCUACAUGGAGCCAUAACAAAUUGUAACAACUACUCUCUGCACAAUGCUGACCUUUUAUAGGUAGUGUACCAACCUUUCUAACAGCAUUUCUCAUUAGUAUUACAUUUCUACACACAGCUCUGCAUCCAUCUUCAUUCAAACAACUUCUCUCCCUCUGUGCAAUGGAAUAUUAAGCUGUCAAUUGUUUCAAGAUGACGAGGACUUGCCGCGCGCUAUUUUCAUUUGCUUGGAAAACAAUGUGUGUGCCUCUGGGAGAUAAAGCUGUGAAUAUUGACGAAGUCUGUCUAUAUCUUGUGUCAGAUGUUGUUCAUUUGAUUUUUCUAAGACACAAAGUGGACCUAGAGACGGAUCCCUGCUGCAGGGCCGACAGGAGCUUUAGAGGUGGAGGGUCAAAGGGGUGGUUUCUCAGUUUCCCGGUGAGGUUGCGCUGAACUGAACUGAUCCCUCCUCAUUGAGAACGUGAGGAAUCACUCAACGUCAAAGGAAUACAAGACUCGAGGAAAAGAAUGUGCGUGUAACAUCAAUGACUUAAUAGAACAUAAAAAGGAGAAUGAAGGGAGCAUGGUAAAAGGAGGAUCGUGCAGAGAAAGUGAUGCCACUUAAUUAACUGAUGUGAUUGUCCAUGGAUGUGGGGAUCCAAGACAAUUGCCUCUGAAGUAUCAAGAGUUUGCAGUACAAUGCAGGUCAACGGAUGGACAAUUGCGGGACGUCUUGCUGUACUUCUGGAGCUUUUGUGCCUCCCUUAAAUCUACCGAUAAGAUGGUGUUUGUAUCAAUGUGAACUAUACCAGUACGAAUGGAGACAAGAGGACUUCUUGCAGUGCUGAUAUUAAUCAUUUACUGUAUUACUAUGAGAAAAAACAAUAUCAGUGGCGUUGAUGAUGAUAACAGGGUUUUCUGCUCCUCCUGUCAGGAGGAGUCUUUCGAUUUUUGAUUUUCUGGUGAUUCGUUUAUUUACGUAUUUUCCAUGUUAUAUUUUUAGAGCCUUUUAUUUGUUAAUGCACAAUUCCUCACCUCCCUAUUUCUUGUUCUACUGUAUGCCUAUUCAUCUUCUUUCUUUGCCAUAAUUCAAUUGUUCUGUAAGUUAUCAUCAGAAAACAACAGUACAAAAAUGUUUAUAAAGAUAUUAAAAUCUAUAUCUUCUUAUGUCU